UGGGGACAGUCGGUAUUACAGAAGCGCGCGUUAAAUAGUGAUAUCAGUUCCUGCAAUCCCCAAAUAUUUUAUUCCAAAUUUUCUUCAUAUGUAACCUCAACUUUUGGUUAAUAGUUUAAUAAACAAUAAAAUUAUUUCUCUUAAGAAUUACAAAAGUUUGAUGUAAUUAAUAUUCUACGAUUUAGAAAAAAUAGAAAAGGAAAACAAAGGUAUAAAUGUGAUAGAUGAGAGUACGACAGUUUCUCGCUGGUAUCCUUCUAGGCAUUCCUAUUGGGAUCACCUUCCUUGAUACAAUUGGUUACGUAGCUAAAGUAGAAGGAGUUUCUAUGCAACCAACUUUAAAUCCAGAUGAGAACAAACCUGAUUACGUUUUUCUAAAUCGUCGCGCAAUUCGUACACAAGAUAUUCAGCGUGGUGAGAUAGUUACCGUUAAAUCUCCAAAGUCUCCGAAUCAAAUUUUGAUCAAGCGUGUAGUAGGUCUUUCUGGAGACAUCGUACAAACCCAUGGAUAUAAAACAACAAUUCUCAAGAUUCCAGAAGGUCACUGUUGGGUAGAAGGAGAUCAUAUUGGUCGGUCUAUGGAUUCUAAUACCUUCGGACCAAUUUCUACCGCAUUGAUAACUGCUAAAGCUACUUCUAUAGUAUGGCCACCUAGCCGUUGGCAAUACCUUCAUCCCUCUAUGUCGAAUCAUAAUUUUCCAUUGAAUUCAGUAAAGGUACCAGGUGGUUAA